AUGGGACAUUCUUCAUCUGAGUACGAGAUUGAUCCAAAUGACGUUGACGAGGACGAACACGACGACGGGCGAAGUAAGCCCGAGGAAGUCACGGUCCAUUUGCUUGACAGCUAUCUAUACUUUGCCUUGAACCUUUGCCUCCUUCAAGAGCCUAACAGCCAAGGAGAGAUUCGGGUGCGAGUUGAACGCAAGAAGACCACCAUUCAGGUUCCUGGCAUGUAUCAUUUCACUGCUGGAAAUGACGAUGGGUUGUGUUGGUUGGAUCGCCAUGUUCAUGGCUGGAGCAUGGGUCUGCCAACCCUGGCCUUUCUUGAAGCCAAAAGAGCUUUCAAAUUUAUCCAUAUCGAUGAGCGAACGUGA